AUGGAUUGGCCAACACUCAAAACACUGAUUGGUUUCUGGAUAUUUGGUUUAUGCAAUAAUUAUGCUUAUGUUAUCAUGCUAAGUGCUGCCGAAGAUAUUCUGAACAAACAAGAGCAUGUUAAUACAACGCGUGCUGUUGAUACAUGUGAGGACUCGCUGACAUCACGACAUUGUACACCACUAUCGACUGGAACUGUCCUACUUGCAGAUGUACUACCAACAUUAUUUGUCAAAUUGACAUUUCCAUUGUUCAUGCAACGAAUCCCUUUCGGCAUUCGACAUAUGGCCAUUUGCCUAAUACAAGCAGCAAGUUUUAUAAUCGUUGCAUUCUCAGUUGACGUCACAAUGUCACUUUUUGGUGUUGCUGUCGCUAGUUUUGGUUCAGGUCUCGGUGAAAUAACUUAUCUUUCGUUUACACCGUUCUUCGGCCGGAAUACGAUAUCGGCUUGGUCGUCUGGCACUGGUGGAGCUGGUAUUAUAGGUGCGUUGGCGUAUGCUGGCUUAACAGAACCAAAACUUGCAAAUCUAUCGCCCACAAACACAGUGCUGGUUAUGCUUGUCAUACCUGUAAUCUUUGCUCUGACAUACUACUGUCUGCUGAAUAUUCCGAAAGCAAUUUAUCAAGUGAAUGUGUUCGAUCCUCGAACGUGGAUUGUGCCAGAAACAUACUUGAGUAAGCGACGAUCAACGUUACACAGCAAACGAACUGUGAGUGAUCUGAGCAGUAGCGUUGAAUCAUGCAAAAUAGAGAAUGGUUCGGACGUGAAAGUAGAUGACGAGCGUGUGAAUGAGCAGAAUAAUGAUGAAGACCGGCAAAACAAUGACUCGAAAACACGUGGAUAUACGAUGGAUAUUCGAGAGGGUAAAAUUAAGCAAAGGUCUCUCAGCGUUAAGCAAAAAUUUCUUCUCAUUAUCCCAUUGCUGAAGUUUAUGCUUCCACUGACUGUCGUUUACCUCGGUGAGUACCUCAUUAAUCAAGGCAUCGUGCAACUGAUCAUAUUCAACUGCUCACAUGGCUUUGCUCUCUCUAGAUCCAGCCAGUAUCGAUGGUAUCAGGUGAUUUAUCAACUAGGUGUGUUCAUUUCGCGUUCAUCAAUCAAUGUCUUCCGAUUACCGCACUGGGCUCUCGUUCUUAUCGCUGUUUUACAGCUACUGAAUGCGGUCUUGUUCUUGCUCGAUUCAUUGUACUUCUUUAUUCCACACAUUGGUAUUAUCUUUGCAUUAAUCCUCUUCGAAGGUCUAUUUGGUGGAACGUCGUAUGUGAACACAUUCGACCACAUUCACAGAUCUAUGCCACCGGAUGUACGUGAAUACUCGUUAUCAAUUUCUUCUCUAGGUGAUUCGAUUGGUAUCGUGAUUGCUGGAUUUAUAGCGAUUCCACUUCACAAUUGGAUUUGUAGCACAUCACUACCCUCGCACUAG